AUAUUCCGGUUCCGGUUUUGUAAAUCGAAACAUGAGUACUUUAUCUUGAAUUAUAGUUUGUUAAUUUACGAAAUGGAUAGGGUUGUAUUUUUAAAAACACUUCUAAUAUGCUCAUCAGCAUAUAUGAAUGCUUUGUGCUUUGGCUUUGUGAUAGGAUAUACAUCCCCUUCACUGCCAAAAAUGAGAGGUGAUAAAUCGCUUGAACCAAAAGAAGACUUUCUCUCUCUUUUCUCAUCUAUUAUGACUUUGGGUGGAGUAUUGGGAAGUUUACUCUCCGGAUUUGUUUUAGAGAAAUUUGGUCGUAAACUUGCAAUAAGAUUUUCAUAUUUACCUUUCGUUCUUGGGUGGUUUGCAAUCACGUCUGGAAAUAGUUCAAAUGUACUGCUCCUUGGUAGACUACUUUGCGGUAUAGGGAGUGGUUUAUCUGUAGUUGUUAAUCCAGUAUACUUGACAGAAAUUGCACCAACGAAAUUCCGUGGUAUGCUUUUGUCCAUGUUUCAACUCAUUAUUACAAUUGGUAUACUAUUUGUAUACGUUUGUGGACUAUCAAACGAUUGGAGAAGUUUAGCUUUCAUUAGCAUUAUUCCAGCCGUAUUGGGAUUCUUCCUUUCCUAUUUUGCUAUUGAAUCACCAACCUAUUGUAUUUUGAAGGGAAGGGAUGAAGAGGCCUUAUUUAUAUUAAGACAACUUAGAGGAAAUAGUUCAGACGUUCUCAAAGAACAAGAAGAAAUCAAAAGAUCGUUCAAUUAUAACUACGGUAUCUCUUGGAGAUCCAUUCUGAGUACUAGGAAAUAUUUAAAUGGUCUAAAAAUUGCUGUGGGUUUGAAUAUUUUUCAACAACUUGUCGGUAUAAAUGCCGUCAUGUUCUAUUCUGAAGAAAUUAUGAAUCGUGCAGGUAUAUCGAAUGGAGGAAAUUCAGCCGUAGCUAUUGCUUUUAUUCAAGUUCUAGCCACAACGAUUUCCCUACCUCUAAUUGAACAGGCCGGAAGAAGAAAUCUCUUAUUAUUUGCCAGUGGUGGAAUGGCUCUUGCUUGUAUAGCUCUUAGUUCUUGUUUACAAACUAACAUAAGGAGGCAAUCAGACGAUACUAGUGGUGUUAUAGCAUUGAUUUCUUUAAUGCUUUAUGUUAUUGGAUUCAGUAUCGGCUGGGGCCCGGUUCCCAGCUGCCUAACAAACGAAGUUUUACCGAAUAGCGUUAGAUCGAAGACAAGCAGUUUGGCAUUGUUAAUAAACUGGUUUUGUUCAUUUCUAGUUACCAUGUUAUUUUCACCAAGCGUGGAAAUGUUUGGAAUAGAUGGUGUCUUUCUCAUAUUUACCGCAAUAUGUGGUCUAUCUUCAGUCUUUGUAUAUUAUAUUGUACCGGAAACGAAAGGAAGAACAUUGGAAAAUAUACAAAUUGAUUUAGAAGUUUAA